GGAAGCGGCCUGGCCAUCCCGCUGUGUGCGCAGUAUCACGUGAUAGCGCCCCCGGACACGUGCAGGAGCAUCAAGCAGCAGUACUCGCUCUCCUGGUCCACCUUCUUCGCCCUCAACCCUGGUGUCUUCUGCGCCAACCUCUACCCCGCUGCCACCGUCGAUGGACAGAACUCCAUCCCCAGUGGCGCACAGGUGGGCUCGUGUGGUGCACAGGUGGGCUGGUGUGAGUGA